AAAAGCACAAUCAUAUCUCAAAUUGUGAAUUCAAAAAUCCAGAGAAACAUUUCGGAGAAAAAAUGUCAGGGCGUGGAAAGGGAGGCAAGGGAUUGGGAAAGGGAGGAGCCAAGAGGCACAGGAAGGUGUUGAGAGAUAAUAUUCAAGGCAUUACAAAGCCUGCUAUACGUCGUUUGGCUCGUAGAGGCGGUGUCAAGAGAAUCAGUGGGCUGAUCUACGAGGAGACUCGUGGGGUUCUUAAGAUCUUCCUUGAGAAUGUGAUUAGAGAUGCUGUCACCUACACUGAGCAUGCUAGGAGAAAGACUGUUACUGCCAUGGAUGUUGUUUAUGCUUUGAAAAGGCAAGGCAGAACUCUUUAUGGUUUUGGAGGUUAAGGAAGAACUUGCUUUAUGGUUCUGGAAGUCUUGCUGUCAAGAAAUUUAGAUGGGGUUAGUGGUCUCGGCCAUGGCGGCGCUUUUGCGUUUUCAGGGUUAGGGUUAGGAGGGUUAGGGUUCUUUUGAAAGAAAACAAAAAGUGAAAUGCUGUGUAAUUAGUGGGUGUCUUAGGGUUGUUUUUGUGUAAUUCAUGCUUUGAAUUUCAGGUCUAAUGAAAUAUUGUAUUGACUA